GGCUUACUGUGGGUUUUAAUUGUUGGUGUUUGCUGAUUGGCUGCUCAGAUUUUGGCAGUCAGGGCAGCCCCUGUAUAUGCAGAGCCCAGGUGUUUGUGUCUCAGACAAAUCUAAAUUCUUACAGAAGGUGAACUCUACAACAUGAGAUCUUUAACAAGGUAUGGAUCGAAUGGGGGGAGAUUAUAACAACGUAUGGAUCAAAUUGGGGGAGAUUAUAAUAAUGUAUGGAUCUAAUGGGGGAGAUUAUAACAAUGUGUGGAUCGAAUGGGGGGAGAUUAUAACAAUGUAUGGAUCUAAUGGGGGAGAUAAUAACAAUGUGUGGAUCGAAUGGGGGGAGAUUAUAACAAUGUAUGGAUCUAAUGGGGGAGAUUAUAACAAUGUAUGGAUCUAAUGGGGGGAGAUUAUAACAAUGUAUGGAUCUAAUGGGGGAGAUUAUAACAAUGUAUGGAUCUAAUGGGGGGAGAUUAUAACAAUGUGUGGAUCGAAUGGGGGAGAUUAUAACAAUGUAUGGAUCUAAUGGGGGGAGAUUAUAACAAUGUAUGGAUCUAAUGGGGGAGAUUAUAACAAGAUAUGGAUCUAAUGGAAGGAGAUUAUAACAAGAUAUGGAUCAAAUAGGGGGAAAUUAUAACAAGAUAUGGAUCUAAUGGGGGGAGAUUAUAACAAGGUAUGGAUUUAAUGGGGGAGAUUAUAACAAUGUAUGGAUCGAAUGGGGGGAGAUUAUAACAAGAUAUGGAUCAAAUAGGGGGAAAUUAUAACAAGAUAUGGAUCUAAUGGGGGGGAGAUUAUAACAAGGUAUGGAUUUAAUGGGGGAGAUUAUAACAAGGUAUGGAUUUAAUGGGGGCAUAGAAAGAUAUUAUGACAAGGUCUGGCUCUAAUGGUGGGCAUUUGGAGAGAUUAUAACAAGGUAUGAAUGUAAUGGGGGAGAUAAAACAAAGUAUGGAUCUAAUAGGGGGCACUGGGUAGAUAUUAUAACUAGGUAUGAAUGUAUGAAUUUGGAGAGAUUAUAACAAGGUAUGGAUCUAAUGAGGGGAAUGAGAUUAUAAAAAGGUAUGGAUCUAAUGUAAAGGGUCAUUGGGGAAGAUUAUAACAAGGUAUGGAUCUAGUGAGAAGGGUCAUUGGGAAAGAUUAUAACAAGGUAUGGAUCUAAAGGGAGGACAUGGGGAGAGGUUAUAACAAGGUAAGGAUCUAAAGGGGGAACACGGGGUAGAGAUUAUAACAAGGUAUGGAUCUAAUGGAGGGACAUGGAGAGAUUAUAGCAAGGUACGGAUAUAAUGAGGGGGUAUGGGGGAGUAUAACAAGGUAUGGAUCGAUUGGAGUGGGGCAUGAGGAGAGACUAUAACAAGGUAUGGAUUUUAUGGGGGGCAUGGGGGAGAGACUAUAACAAGGUCUAAUGAAGGGGACAUGAGGGAAUCUAACAAGGUAUGGACCUAUGUAUGUAGAGUGACUAUAACAAGGUAUGGAUCUAGUGAGGGGGCAUGGGUGAAAUUUAACAAGUUUUGGAUUCAAUGAGAUGGGGUCAUGGGAGAGACUGCAUGAAGGUAUGGAUCUAAUGAGGGUAUUGGGGAGAAUUAAACAAGGUACCACUUUCAGUGCCACUCAGAGGUCAAUCUAAUUCAAGGUAUCACGAAUCAGAGGGUGGUGGGCACAUUGUUUGCUGUGGUUGGAAGCGGGAUCAGACAGAAGGGUGUUGGCACAGUGUUGCCUUGCAAUUGGCAGUGGGAUCAGACAGAGCGGUGUUGCCUGCGAUUGGCAGUGGGAUCAGACAGAGCGGUGUUGGCAAAGUGGUGGCUGUGGUUGGCAGUGGAAUCAGACAGGGCGGUGUUGGCAUAGUGUUGGUUGUGGUUGGCAGUGGAAUCAGACAGGGCGGUGUUGGCAUAGUGUUGGUUGUGGUUGGCAUGGGAGAGACUGCAUGAAGGUAUGGAUCUACUGAGGGUAUUGGGGAGAAUUAAACAAGGUACCACUUUCAGUGCCACUCAGAGGUCAAUCUAAUUAAAGGUAUCACGAAUCAGAGGGUGGUGGGCACAUUGUUUGCUGUGGUUGGAAGCGGGAUCAGACAGAAGGGUGUUGGCACAGUGUUGCCUUGCGAUUGGCAGUGGGAUCAGACAGAGCGGUGUUGCCUGCGAUUGGCAGUGGGAUCAGACAGAGCGGUGUUGGCAAAGUGGUGGCUGUGGUUGGCAGUGGAAUCAGACAGGGUGGUGUUGGCAUAGUGUUGGUUGUGGUUGGCAGUGGAAUCAGACAGAGAGGUGUUGGCAUAGUGUUGGCUGUAGUUUGCAGUGGGAUCAGACAGAGUGGUGUUGGCAUAGUGUUGGCUGUGGUUGGCAGUGGAAUCAGACAGAGUGGUGUUGGCACAGUGUUGGUUGUGGUUGGCAGUGGAAUCAGACAGAGUGGUGUUGGCAGAGUAUUGGCUGUAGUUCGCAGUGGGAUCAGACAGAGCGGAGUAGGCACAGUGUUGGUUGUGGUUGGCAGUGGGAUCAGACAGAGGGGUGUUGGCACAGUAUUGGCUGUAGUUCGCAGUGGAAUCAGACAGAGUGGUGUUGGCACAGUAUUGGGUGUAGUUUGCAGUGGGAUCAGACAGAGCGGUGUUUGCAUAGUGUUGGCUUUGGUUGGCAGUGAGAUCAGACAGAGCGGUGUUGACAUAGUGUUGGCUGUGGUUGGCAGUGGAAUGAGACAGUCUAGUGUUGACUGUAGUUCAUAGUGGGAUCAGACAGAGCGGUUUUGGCGUAGUGUUGGCUGUGGUUGGCAGUGGUUGUUGGCACAGUCUUGGCUGUGGUGGCUGGCACAGUUUUGGCUGUGGUAGUUGGCACAGUUUGGGCUGUGGUGGGCAGUGAUGGUUUAGCACAGUUUGGGCUGUGGUGGGCAGUGGUGGUUGGCAGUAUUUUGGAUGUGGUGGGCAGUGAUGGCUUGCACAGUUUUGGCUGUGGUGUGCAGUGGUGGUUGGCACAGUUUUGGCUGUGGUGGGCAGUGAUGGUUUGCACAGUUUGGGCUGUGGUGGGCAGUGGUGGUUGGCACAGUUUUGGCUGUGGUGGUUGGCAGUUGGCAGUAUUUUGGCUGUGGUGGGCAGUGAUGGUUGGCAGUAUUUUGGCUGUGGUGGGCAGUGAUGGUUGGCAGUAUUUUGGCUGUGGUGGGCAGUGAUGGUUGGCAGUAUUUUGGCUGUGGUGGGCAGGUGUUGGCAUUUUGGCUGUGUGGGCAUGGCUUGGCAGUAUUUUGGCUGUGUUGGGCAGUAAAGGUUGGCAGUAUUUUGGCUGUGGUGGGCAGUGAUGGUUGGCAAUAUUUUGGCUGUGGUGGGCAGUGGUGGUUGGCAGUAUUUUGGCUGUGGUGGGCAGUGAUGGUUGGCACAGUUUUGGCUCUGGUGGUUGGCAGUAUUUUGGCUGUGGUGGGCAGUGAUGGUUGGCAGUAUUUUGGUUGUGAGUAUACAAAAGGAGAUGGGAACCGCGCCUUAUAUUAACUGUAUAUACAUACACUUUAUAUCUCUUGGUUGAUGUAGAUAAUAUAUCCUCAAAAAAAGAGAACACAAAGAAAAAAAAUAAUAAUAGUGUAGUAUAUUUAACAAAUUUGAGAGGUGAUAUAAAGAGUGGAGAUAUUUUAAACUCACAUUUGGUAGAGCUAAUAUGAAGCUCUACCGUAAUUCGCACGGACGGUACAAUCCCCGUCUCAGGAUUAGGAAUCCAAAGUCUUCAAUACUCCAAUAAUAUGGUGGUAUAAAUGGGAUGAAAGAGAAGAGAGAGAAACUCCAAUGGCGUGGUAACUCAGACUUCAAAUGUAGAAGAAGUAAAUGAAAGUAAUUAUACUCACAUUUGCUAGAGCAGACAACUUGCUCUAGUAUAUAGGGCUUGCAGUGGUACAAUCCCCACUGUAGGAUAUGUAGACCAGGAAGUGAUGAUGAAAAUAAAUUAAAAAGUAUAUCACUUUAAAAAUGUUUAAUAAUAACAAUAGUGACACUAAUAAAACUUUUUUAAUAAAGCUUUUUAUAUAGCCUUUUUGUUUUAUUAUUGUCACUAUUGUUAUUAUUAAACAUUUUUAAAGUGAUAUACUUUUUAAUUUAUUUUCAUCAUCACUUCCUGGUCUACAUAUCCUACAGUGGGGAUUGUCUGCUCUAGCAAAUGUGAGUAUAAUUACUUUCAUUUACUUCUUCUACAUUUGAAGUCUGAGUUACCACGCCAUUGGAGUUUCUCUCUCUUCUCUUUCAUCCCAUUUAUACCACCAUAUUAUUGGAGUAUUGAAGACUUUGGAUUCCUAAUCCUGAGAUGUGGAUUGUACCGUCCGUGCGAAUUACGGUAGAGCUCCAUAUUAGCUCUACCAAAUGUGAGUUUAAAAUAUCUCCACUCUUUAUAUUACCUCUCAAAUUUGUUAAAUAUACUACACUAUUAUUAUUUUUUUUCUUUGUGUUAUCUUUUUUUGAGGAUAUAUUAUCUACAUCAACCAAGAGAUAUAAAGUGUAUGUAUAUACAGUUAAUAUAAGGCGCGGUUCCCUUCUCCUUUUGUAUACUCAUUGUCUUUCUACAAGGCUGGGAAUCCUUGCUUUGGUUACUGCUGCCUAUCCAUCUCCUUUUUUUGUAGCGAGCACCUAACACACUUUACUUUUUUUCAGUAUUUUGGUUGUGGUGGGCAGUGGUGGUUGACACAGUUUUGGCUGUGGUGGUUGGCAGUAUUUUGGCUGUGGUGGGCAGUGAUGGUUGGCAGUAUUUUGGCUGUGGUGGGCAGUGGUGUUUGGUACAGUUUUGGCUGUGAUGGUUGGCAGUAUUUUGGCUGUGGUGGGCAGAGAAGGUUGGCAGUAUUUUGGCUGUGGUGGGCAGUAAUGUUUGGCAGUAUUUUGGUUGUGGUGGGCAGUGGUGGUUGGCACAGUUUUGGCUGUGAUGGUUGGCAGUAUUUUGGCUGUGGUGGGCAGUGGUGGUUGGCAGUAUUUUGGCUGUGGUGGGCAGUGAUGGUUGGCACAGUUUUGGCUGUGGUGGUUGACAGUAUUUUGGCUGUGGUGGGCAGUGAUGGUUGGCAGUAUUUUGGCUGUGGUGGGCAAUGAUGGUUGGCACAGUUUUGGCUGUGGUGGUUGGCAGUAUUUUGGCUGUGGUGGGCAGUGGUGGUUGGCAGUAGUUUGGCUGUGGUGGGCAGUGGUGGUUGGCACAGUUUUGGCUGUGGUGGUUGGCAGUAUUUUUGGCUGUGGUGGGCAGUGGUGGAUUUGGCACAGUUUUGGCUGUGGUGGGCAGUGAUGGUUGGCAGUGGUGGUUGGCACAGUUUUGGCUGUGGUGGUUGGCAGUAUUUUGGCUGUGGUGGGCAGUGGUGAUUGGCACAGUUUUGGCUGUGGUGGGCAGUGAAGGUUGGCAGUAUUUUGGCUGUGGUGGCCAGUGAUGGUUGGCAGUAUUUUGGCUGUGGUGGGCAGUGAUGGUUGGCAAUAUUUUGGCUGUGGUGGGCAGUGAUGGUUGGCAGUAUUUUGGCUGUGGUGGGCAGUGAAGGUUGGCAGUAUUUUGGCUGUGGUGGGCAGUGAUGGUUGGCAGUAAUUUGGCUGUGGUGGGCAGUGAUGGUUGGCAAUAUUUUGGCUGUGGUGGGCAGUGAUGCUUGGCAGUAUUUUGGCUGUGUUGGGCAGUAAAGGUUGGCAGUAUUUUGGCUGUGGUGGGCAGUGAUGGUUGGCAAUAUUUUGGCUGUGGUAGGCAGUGGUGGUUGGCAGUAUUUUGGCUGUGGUGGGCAGUGAUGGUUGGCAGUAUUUUGGCUGUGGUGGGCAGUGAGGUUGGCAGUAUUUUGGCUGUGGUGGGCAGUGAUGGUUGGCAGUAAUUUGGCUGUGAGGUAGGCAGUGAUGGUUAUAUUUUAGCUGUAGUGAGCAGUGAUACUUAGCAGUGGCCACAGCUGUGUUAGGCAGUAAGGUUAGCAGUGGCCCAGCUGUGGUAGGCAGUGAUGUGAGAUUUGCUUAAUAUUUACACACAGCUGUGGUAAGAGCAGUAGUAGUUGCUUGUGUACCUUAGCUGUAGUGGUUAGCAGUAUUUUAGCUAUGUGGUAGGCAGUAGUGGUGCUUAAUGUGGCCCACAGCUGUAGUAGUUGCUUGGUAUUUUAGCUGUGAGUAGGCAGUGAGUAGUUGCCAGUAUUUUAGCUGUGAGAGGUAGGCAGUGUCGUUGCUUCAGUUUAUGUAGUGGACUGAGAGUGAAAGGUUAGCACAGUAUUUUGGCUGUGUUGGGCAGUGAUGGUUGGCAGUAUUUUGGCUGUGGUGGGCAGUGAAGGCUGGCACAGUUUUGGGUGUGGUGGGCAGUGGUGGUUGGCAGUAUUUUGGCUGUAGUGGGCAGUGGUGGUUGGCAGUAUUUUGGGUGUGGUGGGCAGUGGUGGUUGGCAGUAUUUUGGCUGUAGUGGGCAGUGGUUGUUGGCAGUAUUUUGGCUGUGGUGGGCAGUGGUGGUUGGCAGUAUUUUGGCAAUCAUGUUAUGUUUCCUUUCCAUAGGCUCCUGGUGAUGGCUUUAGCCACUGCUCUGCUGACAUCCAUGGUCACCGCACAAGGUGAGUCUCGUCAUCAAGACUUCCCAACUCAAUGGGCGUUUUUGUGUGAGUUGGAAAUUGGGAUUAGUUUAUGCAUUCACCUUGUCGUCACCAGAGCAAAAAUGUGUAUUUUAAAUAUCGUUUGUUAAAUGAGUCAUUUUAAAGUAAAGUUUAUGUUUAGCUGCUAAAUGUCUCAGGGAACACAGCAAAGCCUGCAGCAGGAUAUCUAUGUUAUAUUAUCAGAAUUUAGAACUGCAUACUGAGUGCAUUGUCCAAAUCCAAACAAUGGUGUUUAUGAGGACAAUUCCUGGGAGCUCCGCUAGUAAUAGCUAAGAAAAUAGGGGGAAAAAUGGCAGAACAGGACCUGAAACCUCAGGUAUGGUUUGUGUCUGUGAGCAAGUCUGGUGGGGGGGAGGGGGCAGUAAACGUGAUUUAGAAAGGUACUAGAUUUUUGAUGUCAGUGCUGAAUUAAAUACAUUUUCCGAGUGAGUGAUUGCCAAAGCACAGCAAUAAAGCCUGAAGAUUGCAAUUUGGGUUUUAAUUCACCAGAAUUCAGAGUUUAGAAAUUCAAAUGUGGUUUUUUUUCCAGCAACUCACAGACAGAACAUGGCCCGCCUUUUCUGAACGAGUUACUGGAGGGAAAUGCAGCAAUAAUAAAACUUGCAGUAUAUCUUAUCUAGAAACGAGUUGUUCACGGCGUUCUUGACCCCGUGGUCAUGUCAGAUUCACACGUUUUGUAUGGUCCCUGCCGUGGCUGUAUAUUGGAUUUUCUGUGAUUGAGUUCUCAUCACUAUGUUUAAAAGAAUUGCCUUCUGAUCUGCAAUCUGUCUCAGAAUAUAGAAACAAAAUUCCACAAAAUCCAAAAUGCACCAAACUAAAGUCUAACUGCAAUAUAGCGAGCUAGGAUAUAAUGUUUCUAAUAAAUAAUAAAAUCACAAAGGGAUAAACGGGAAAAACAAGAAACUAAUAAAGUGCCCCCUCUCAUUUUCUAAAAGAAAUCACCUCUUUUAUAAAGCGUCCUACUGUAAAAAAACCUUUUCUUUGCCUUAGAUGAAAUCUCAUUUCUUCCAGCCUAAAUGUGUGACCUCGUGUCCUAUGUAUAGCCCUGUUUAUGAAUAGAUUUCCAGAUAAUGGUUUGUAUUGGCCCCAAAUAUAUUUGUGUAAUGUUAUCAUAUCAUAUCAGGCGCCGUUUUUCUUAACUAAAGAGAUUUCAUUUUUUAACCUUUCUUCAUAACUAAAGUGCUCCAUUCCUUUUCUCAAUUUUGUAGCUCGUCUCUGCACUUUUUCUGGUGAUUAAUAAAGAGGCAAAAUUAUAUUUUCAUCCUGAGAAUUUAUGCCCCUAUUUAUACAUGACAAAACCUUACUGGCCUUAGCAACUGCAGAUUGACAUUGCGCAUUGCUGCCUAAUUUGUUUUCUAUAACAAUUCCCAAAUCCUUCUCGUGUGUGAUUAUCCCUAAUUCACUGCCAUUUAGGGUGUAAGUUGCUUGUGCAUUCUUGACCGCGAAGUGCAUAACUUUGCAUUUCUCUACAUUAAAUUUCAUCUGCCAUUUUAGUGCCCAGUUCCCCAAUCUAUGCAAAUCCCUCUGCAGCAAAUCAAUCUCCUGCUCACAUUUUAUUACUUUACAAAGAUUUGUGUCAUGUGCAAACACCGAAACAUGGCUUUCAAUGCCUAUUUCAAGAUCAUUUAUAAAUAUGUUAAAUAGAAGCGGUCCCAAAACAGAACCCUGAGGGAGACCACUUACCACUUUUGUCCAGCUUGAAAAUUUACCAUUAAUGACAACUCUUUGUACUCUGUUUUUAAGCCAAUGUUCUAACCAAGAACAAGCAUUUUCAUCUAGACCGAUUUCCUUGAGUUUGAACACUAAUCUAUUGUGUGGAACUGUAUCAAAUGCCUUGGCAAAAUCCAAAUAGAUCACAUCCACUGCAACACCCUGAUCUAUACUUCUGCCUACUUCAUUGUAGAAUGCAAUUAGGUUAGUUUGACAUGACCUGUGCUUCAUAAAACCAUGCUGAUUUUUGCUGAUAACCAUGUUCUUCCCAAUGAAUUCCUGAAUAUUAUCCCUUAAUAACCUUUCAAAUAUUUUACCAGCCACAGAAGUUAAGCUCACAGGUCUAUAAUUUGCAGGCAAGGAUUCUGAACCCUUUUUAAAUAUAGGAACCACAUCUGCCUUCCUCCAAUCCUCUGGUACAACACCUGAAACAAAAGAAUCUUGAAAAAUUAAAUACAGAGCUUUACUUAUUUCCCCACUUAGCUCCCCAAGUACUCGUGGGUGAAUAGCGUCAGGCCCCAGAGAUUUAUUUACAUUAAUUUUCCUUAACUGCUGUAGCACCUUGUCUCGAGUCAUCCAAUCACAAGUUAUCUGCAAAUUUUUUGCAACAAUCAUUUGCAUAUCUCUGGUCUUCAUUAAUGUAUACUGGAGAAAAAUAGUUAUUUAAAUUUCUGCCUUUUCCUGUGUUAGUGACAUUGCUUAUCUGUCCUUUUAUUGGUGACAUUGGUCGGCUUUGCUUGUACAUUUAGAUAUAUUUUAUGGUUUUGGUUAUCAAGAUCUUUUCAAUUCCUUUGUGAGGUGAGACUGCUGACAUAAAGUCCCUAAAUUCCUUCCCAACAAAACCUGUGCCAAUGGACACCCACAAAACAAGUGCCCUCCAUCCUACACCAUGUGGUCAAUGUCUGCAUCGCACAUCCACUUGUCCGGCAUGCCCGUUCUUGGUGGGACGUCUCCAUGUCAAUGACCUGCUGGUGGGAUGUCUCCAAGCCAAUGUCCUGCCUGCCUUGGUGGGAUGUCUCCAUGCCAAUGUCCUGCCUGCCUUGGUGGGAUGUCUCCAUGCCAAUGUCCUGCCUGCCUUGGUGGGAUGUCUCCAUGCCAAUGUCCUGCCUGCCUUGGUGGGAUGUCUCCAUGCCAAUGUCCUGCCUGCCUUGGUGGGAUGUCUUACUGAUAUAAAUGCAUUUUUUUUUUAAAUUGGUGUGAUUCUUGGUACUCUGUCUAAUCUCCUGUCUCUUCCAUAGAGGAACCAGUAACACAGUCAGACUUCACUCCGUCUGUCGACAGCUCAAUUGCAGGUAUGUGGAGAGUGUGGCUGGCAGGGAACUCUGCACAAUGAUUGGCUGGCAGGAAACUCUGCAUGAUGAUUGGCUGGCAGGGACUCUGCACGAUGAUUGGCUGGCAGGGAACUCUGCAUGAUGAUUGGCUGGCAGGGAACUCUGCACGAUGAUUGGCUGGCAGGGAACUCUGCACAGUGAUUGGCUGGCAGGAAACUCUGCGCAAUGAUUGGCUGGCAGGAAACUCUGUGCGAUGAUUGGCUGGCAGGAAACUCUGCGCGAUGAUUGGCUGGCAGGCAACUCUGCACGAUGAUUGGCUGGCAGGGAACUCUGCACAGUGAUUGGCUGGCAGGAAACUCUGCGCAAUGAUUGGCUGGCAGGAAACUCUGCGCGAUGAUUGGCUGGCAGGAAACUCAGCACAAUGAUUGGCUGGCAGGAAACUCUGCAUGAUUAUUGGCUGGCAGGGACUCUGCACGAUGAUUGGCUGGCAGGCAACUCUGCACGAUGAUUGGCUGGCAGGCAACUCUGCGUGUUGAUUGGCUGGCAGGGAACUCUGCAUGAUGAUUGGCUGGCAGGGAACUCUGCACAAUGAUUGGCUGGCAGGAAACUCUGCAUGAUGAUUGGCUGGCAGGGACUCUGCACGAUGAUUGGCUGGCAGGGAAGUCUGCAUGAUGAUUGGCUGGCAGGGAACUCUGCACGAUGAUUGGCUGGCAGGGAACUCUGCACAGUGAUUGGCUGGCAGGGAACUCUGCACAGUGAUUGGCUGGCAGGAAACUCAGCACAAUGAUUGGCUGGCAGGAAACUCUGCAUGAUGAUUGGCUGGCAGGGAACUCUGCACAGUGAUUGGCUGGCAGGGAACUCUGCACAGUGAUUGGCUGGCAGGUACUCUGCACGAUGAUUGGCUGGCAGGGAAGUCUGAAUGAUUGGCUGGCAGGGAACUCUGCACGAUGAUUGGCUGGCAGGGAACUCAGCACAAUGAUUGGCUGGCAGGAAACUCUGCAUGAUUAUUGGCUGGCAGGGACUCUGCACGAUGAUUGGCUGGCAGGAAACUCUGCAUGAUGAUUGGCUGGCAGGGAACUCUGCACAGUGAUUGUCUGGCAGGGAACUCUGCACAGUGAUUGGCUGGCAGGAAACUCUGCACGAUGAUUGGCUGGCAGGAAACUCUGCAUGAUGAUUGGCUGGCAGGGAACUCUGAACGAUGAUUGGCUGGCAGGGAAGUCUGCAUGAUUGGCUGGCAGGGAACUCUGCACAAUGAUUGGCUGGCAGGGAACUCUGCACGAUGAUUGGCUGGCAGGGACUCUGCACGAUGAUUGGCUGGCAGGAAACUCUGCAUGAUGAUUGGCUGGCAGGUACUCUGCACGAUGAUUGGCUGGCAGGAAACUCUGCAUGAUUAUUGGCUGGCAGGGACUCUGCACGAUGAUUGGUUGGCAGGGAACUCAGCACAAUGAUUGGCUGGCAGGAAACUCUGCAUGAUUAUUGGCUGGCAGGGACUCUGCACGAUGAUUGGUUGGCAGGAAACUCUGCAUGAUGAUUGGCUGGCAGGGAACUCUGCACAGUGAUUGGCUGGCAGGAAACUCUGCACGAUGAUUGGCUGGCAGGAAACUCUGCAUGAUGAUUGGCUGGCAGGGAACUCUGCACAGUGAUUGGCUGGCAGGGAACUCUGCACAGUGAUUGGCUGGCAGGAAACUAUGCACGAUGAUUGGCUGGCAGGGAACUCAGCACAAUGAUUGGCUGGCAGGAAACUCUGCAUGAUUAUUGGCUGGCAGGGACUCUGCACGAUGAUUGGCUGGCAGGAAACUCUGCAUGAUGAUUGGCUGGCAGGGAACUCUGCACAGUGAUUGGCUGGCAGGGAACUCUGCACAGUGAUUGGCUGGCAGGAAACUCUGCACGAUGAUUGGCUGGCAGGAAACUCUGCAUGAUGAUUGGCUGGCAGGUACUCUGAACGAUGAUUGGCUGGCAGGGAAGUCUGCAUGAUUGGCUGGCAGGGAACUCUGCACAAUGAUUGGCUGGCAGGGAACUCUGCACGAUGAUUGGCUGGCAGGGAACUCUGCACGAUGAUUGGCUGGCAGGGAACUCUACACAGUAAUUGGCUGGAAAGAAACUCUGCGCGAUGAUUGGCUGGCAGACAACUCUGUGCGAUGAUUGGCUGGCAGGAAACUCUGUGCGAUGAUUGGCUGGCAGGGAACUCUGCUCCACGUGUCUGUAGUUAUAAACAAUAUUUAUAUUUUCGUUUGUUUGUUUUUUCUGUGUUUUAGAAAAUGAGGAAUCAACAGAACCACCUCAGGAAAGUAAGAUACUCUAUACAUGCCACAGUACUGUUGGGGCAAUACCUACCUGAGGCAUGGAUGUUUCUGUCAGAAUAACUAGGAGAGGAAGUAACCCACCGGAAGCUAAAACAGACUGUGACAAACUGCCUUUUGCCCCUGGUUGUUGGAGGAGCCUGAUUGCCAGCCUCCUGCCUCAUGACUAUGGCCCUGGGUUGUAUGGCCCUUUAAAGACAUUAUUUGGGCAUAUGGGAUUGUAACACACUUUUUCUGCCCCUUUGAUUCCAUGGGAGAAUGUGCCUCUUCCCCUCCCCCUUUUUCCUGUCCCAUUGUUCUCCAGCAGGGCGUUGUCCCUUGGACACUGCCAGACCAGUUUAAACUGGCUACUUCAGCCCUUGCAAAACUUUAACCCCAUGGCAGAUUUACUCUGUUCGUGGAAUCUGAGCGCUGUUCACCUAUAUUGGGCGUUCAGAUCCAAGCUAUCUGGGGAUAGGUUAAAUGUGGGGGUUCUGUGUAAUAUAAUAGGAAUUAUGUAUUUUUACUGUUAGUGUAAAAUUGAGAUAUUUUCUGUACCUGGAGAUAAUUGAGUCUACUGGCCUUAAGCCAAUUAUCUCCAGGAUAGAGGGUAGGGAUUUUACUGUGUAUGUAGGAGUGUUAUUUUGUUAAUUAGUGUUCCCAUUGGUUUGUGUCCCUUUUGUCACAGUUUACCACCAGGUCCAGGGGGUGUCCCUCUGGCCUGGAAACUUGUAUAAAAGAAAGUCCUUUUGUGUGCAUUAAACCCCUUCAUGAAGUCUUGGCUCAUGUUUGGGGGAUGGGAUUACUACACUCUGGGGAUUGCUAUAUCACAAUACUCCCCUGAGUUUAAGCUCUUGUAAGAGCUUGUUCCUGGUUCCUGCUCUCUGGAUUCUAGGAGAAGUUCACCCACUGGAAGCUGAACCCUGGUUUUGGGUCCAGAGUGGGUGGAGGACGGUGAGACCCCAACCAAGCUGUGGCGGUUCGUGGGGUCUGCAGUGGUUAUGGUGUCGAGUGGAGUGCUUGGAGCCAUUGGUGAGCACUAGGAGCAUCUGUCAGCGGAAGGUACCCAGUCGGGUUGUCAGGCGUUCCGUUACACAGGCAUAUAGAUACCUACAGAUAUUGUCCUAGGUUUAAUAUAGAGGCCCCAUAACUGUUGAAAUCGUAUUCCGUGUUUGAUAAGCUGCCCUGAGUUUGGUAUGGUGCACAGAGGCCUAGCGAUGAUAUACAAGUAGUUUUAUCUUCUUGCAUCCAUGUGCUGUGCAUUAUGGGACAUUGUCCUUACAGGAGCUGUGUGUGUCUAGUAAUACGUGUAAAUAGAAUACAAAUCCCUGAAUUGUACAUUAUGAUAGCUGUCCAUUCAUUCUAUGGAGGGUUUCUGGAGAUGUAUAAAUCACCUCCAGAUCUAAAUAAUGUAUCUUGGGUUUUAAAAGACAUCGGCGGAAUACAGGAUUAAAUAAACAUUACAGAGGUUUCAUUGGUUGGCGGUAUGACAGUGAUGCCGUGUGUGUGUGUUUGGUAUUACUUAUCUCUGUAUAAUGAUACUUGGCAUCAGCUGAGUGAACGGACAGAGGGAAGGUCAGCAUUGGAUCUGAUGUCAGAGUGAUGCCUUUUAUAUAAAUAGUGUGGGGCAGACCUGGCGGAGUACGAGCUACAGAUAUCAUGACAAUAAGCCAGCAGACCAAAGUGGGAGUCCCUGGCAACCACCCACAAUAAAUGACUGAUCAUAGCAGUGCCACCCACCCCCAGUGCAAUGUCCUCCCCUCUAACAAAGGCUGCAAUUUAUUUUAACUCACAUAAUGUUACAGUAGAAGAACGGCUUCCUGAGAUAACUGUGGGUCAUCAGUCUUGUGUAAUGGAUGUUAUUUGGGUUUGUUAUCACUGGGUUAUUGUUUAGGGUUAAAGCUAAGGAUAGGGUUAAAGUUAAAGCUAGUGUUAUGGUGAGGACUAAGGAAGUGAAUUGGUUAAACUGUGAUAUACACAACCAGUAAUUUGUGCUAUUAUGAACAGAUUUUUUGUUUUUAUAAGUCAACAAGAAAAAAAGAGAGCUAGGUUUUGGACUUCUAUUGUUUCCAGCUAUGUGAGUUUGGCUUGGCUGUCUGGGGCGGUUGCCGCCCCCCACUUGGUAGAAGUAGUUGGUGUGGUCAUAGACAUGGUACCACCUAUCCCAUUAUCUUACAUUUAUCAUACAUUUCUCGUACCGUUGUCAUGGCAUGAGCCAGGCCUGGUUUUAUAAGCUUGGCUGGCAUUUGUACCAUUUUUAAAGAAAACCUGAGUGAGCAGGCAAAACACAUUGCUUUUAUUUGUUACGGGAUUCAUAUUCAACUGUAGGUUAUAAUAACAACAUGGCACAAUCAUAAUGCAAAACAUGGCAACAAAGAAAAAACUGAAGUGACCCCUGUUCAAAAUUCUGCAUACCCUUAGAGAUGGUGAUGGCCACUCCAGAACCGUCACCUUUUUCUGCUGUAACCACUGGAGGGUCAACUUGGCCGUGUGCUUAGGGUCAUUGCCAUGCUAGAAAGUCCAAGAGAAUCCCAUGCGCAGCCUUCGUGCAGAAGAAAGCAAAUUGUUUGCCAGUAUUUUCUGAUAACAUGCUGCAUUCAUCUUGCCAUCAAGAUUCCCGGUGCCUUUAGAGCUCACACCCCCCCCAAAACAUCAGUGAGCCACCACCAUGCUUCACAGUGGGGAUGGUAUUCUUUUCACUAUAGGCCUUGUUGACCCCUGUCCAAACACAGCACCUAUGGUUGUGACCAUAAAGCUCUAUUUUGGUCUUGUGUGUGCCAGGACCUGCGAGGGUGACAAGGUGUUGUCGGAUUCUUUCUGGCAACUCGACCAUGCAGCUAAUUUUUGUUCAAGUAUCGUCGUAUUGUGCUCCUUGAAACAACCACAUCGUCUUUUUCCAGAACCGCCUGUAUUUAUCCUGAGGUUACCUGUGGGUUUUUCUUUGUAUCUCGAACAAUUCUUCUGGCAGGUGUGGCUGAAAUCUUUCUUGGUAUCAAGAGAUCCCGAAAUUUUCCACUUCUUAAUAAGUGAUUGAACAGUACUGGCUGGCACUUUCAAGGCUUUGGCUAUCUUUUUAUAUCCAUUUCCAUCUUUAUAAAGUUACAUUACAUUGUUACGCAGGUCUUUUGACAGUUCUUUUCUGCUCCCCAUGGCUCAGUAUCUAGCAUGCUCAGUGCAUCCACAUGAGAGCUAACAAACUCAAUGACUAUUUAUACACAGACACUAAUGGAAAUUUAAAAAGCCACAGAUGUGGGAAAUUAACCUUUUUAUUGACAUGUUAACUGCUGUGUGUCACCUUGCGUGUCUCUAACAAGGCCAAACAUUCAAGGGUAUGUAAACUUUUAAUUAGGGCCAUUUGGGUGAUUUCUGUUAUCAUUAUGAUUUAAAAAGGAGCCAAACAACUAUGUGAUAAUAAAUGGCCUCAUAUGAUCACUAUCCUUUGCAUUUUUUGCAUGAUCAGUCAUAUUUUCAAAAUUAAUGUCAAAAUGUCACAAUUUCUGCCAGGGUAUGCAAAUAUCUGAGCACAACUAUAAUUGGAAAUGGGCCAGGGUUUCAGUUAAUGAUAAGGGUAGGGUUAGGACCAGGGUUUCAGUUAAUGCUAAGGGUAGGGUUAGGGCUAGGGUUUCAGUUAAUGCUAAUGAUAAGGUUAGGGCCAGGGCUUAGGGCCAGGGUUUCAGUUAAUGCUAAGGGUAGGGUUGGGCCAGGGUUUCAGUUAAUGCUAAGGACAAGGUUAGGGCCAGGGCUUAGGGCCAGGGUUUCAGUUAAUGCUAAGGGUAGGGUUGGGCCAGGGUUUCAGUUAAUGCUAAGGGUAGGGUUAGGGCCAGGGUUUCAGUUAAUGCUAAAGGUAGGCUUAGGGCAAGGGUUUCAGUUAAUGCUAAGGGUAGGGUUAGGGCCAGGGUUUUAGUUAAUGCUAAGGAUAGGGUUAGGACCAGGGUUUCAGUUAAUGCUAAGGUUAGGGUUAGGGCUAGGGUUUCAGUUAAUGCUAAGGGUAGAGUUAGGGCCAGGGUUUCAGUUAAUGCUAAAGGGAGAGUUAGGGCCAGGGUUUCAGUUAAUGCUAAGGGUAGAGUUAGGGUCAGGGUUUCAGUUAAUGCCAAGGGUGGAGCUAGGGCCAGGGUUUCAGUAAAUGCUAAGGGUAGGGUUAGGGCCAGGGUUUCAGUUAAUGCUAAGGGUAGAGUUAAGACCAGGGUUUCAGUUAAUGCUAAGGAUAGGGUUAGGGCCAGGGUUUCAGUUAAUGCUAAGGGUAGAGUUAGGGCCAGGGUUUCAGUUAAUGCUAAAGGUAGAGUUAGGGCCAGGGUUUCAGUUAAUGCCAAGGAUAGGGUUAGGGCCAGGGUUUCAGUUAAUGCUAAGGGUGGGGUUAGGGCCAGGGUUUCAGUUAAUGCUAAGGGUAGAGUUAGGACCAGGGUUUCAGUUAAUGCUAAGGAUAGGGUUAGGGCCAGGGUUUCAGUUAAUGCUAAGGGUAGAGUUAGGACCAGGGUUUCAGUUAAUGCUAAGGGUAGGGUUAGGGCCAGGGUUUCAGUAAAUGCUAAGGGUAGGGUUAGGGCCAGGGUUUCAGUUAAUGCUAAGGGUAGAGUUAGGACCAGGGUUUCAGUUAAUGCUAAGGAUAGGGUUAGGGCCAGGGGUUAGGGCCAGGGUUUCAGUUAAUGCAAAGGGUAGAGUUAGGACCAGGGUUUCAGUUAAUGCUAAGGGUGGGUUAGGGCCAGAGUUUCAGUUAGUGCCAAGGAUGGAGCUAGGGCCAGGGUUUCAGUAAAUGCUAAGGGUAGGGUUAGGGCUAGGGCUUCAGUUAAUGCUAAGGUUAGGGUUAGGGCCAGGGUUUCAGUAAAUGCUAAGGGUAGGGUUAGGGCCAGGGUUUCAGUUAAUGCUAAGGUUAGGGUUAGGGCCAGGGCCAGGGUUUCAGUUAAUGCUAAGCUUAGGGCCAGGGUUUCAGUUAAUGCUAAGGGUAGAGCUAGAGCCAGGGUUUCAGUUAAUGCCAAGGGUGGGGUUAGGGCCAGGGUUUCAGUUAAUGCUAAGGAUAGGGUUAGGGCCAGGGUUUCACUUAAUGCUAGGGCAAGGGUUUCAGGCUAAGGGUAGAGUAGGGUUUCAGUUAAUGCUAAGGGUAGGGUUAGGGUCAGGGUUUCAGUUAAUGCCAAGGGUAGAGCUAGGGCCAGGGUUUCAGUAAAUGCUAAGGGUAGGGUUAGGGCCAGGGUUUCAGUUAAUGCUAAGGGUAGGGUUAGGGCCAGGGUUUUAGUUAAUGCUAAGGAUAGGGUUAGGACCAGGGUUUCAGUUAAUGCUAAGGGUAGGGUUAGGGCUAGGGUUUCAGUUAAUGCUAAGGGUGGGGUUAGGGCCAGGGUUUCAGUUAAUGCUAAGGGUAGAGUUAGGGCCAGGGUUUCUGUUAAUGCCAAGGGUAGGGUUAGGGCCAGGGUUUCAGUUAAUGCUAAGGGUAGGGUUAAGGGUAGGGUUAGGGCCAGGGUUUCAGUUAAUGCCAAGGGUGGAGCUAGGGCCAGGGUUUCAGUAAAUGCUAAGGGUAGGGUUAGGGCCAGGGUUUCAGUUAAUGCUAAGGGUAGAGUUAGGACCAGGGUUUCAGUUAAUGCUAAGGGUAGGGUUAGGGCCAGGGUUUCAGUUAAUGCUAAGGGUAGAGUUAGGACCAGGGUUUCAGUUAAUGCUAAGGGUAGAGUUAGGACUAGGGUUUCAGUUAAUGCUAAGGGUAGAGUUAGGGCCAGGGUUUCAGUUAAUGCUAAGGGUAGAGUUAGGGCCAGGGUUUCAGUUAAUGCUAAAGGUAGGGUUAGAGCCAGGGUUAGGGCCAGGGUUUCAGUUAAUGCUAGAGGGUGGGGUUAGGGCCAGGGUUUCAGUUAAUGCUAAGGGUAGGGUUAGGGCCAGGGUUUCAGUUAAUGCUAAGGAGUUAGGACCAGGGUUUCAGUUAAUGCUAAGGGUAGGGUUAGGGUCAGGGGUUUCAGGGUUAAUGCUAGGGCCAGGGUUUCAGUUAAUGCUAAGGUUAGGGCCAGGGUUUCAGUUAAUGCUAAGGGUUUCAGUUAAGCCAAGGUAGGGUUAGGGCCAGGGUUUCAGUUAAUACUAGGGUGGGGUUAGGGCCAGGGUUUCAGUUAAUGCUAAGGGUAGGGUUGGGCCAGGGUUUCAGUUAAUGCUAAGGUAGGAGUUAGGGCCAGGGUUUCAGUUAAUGCUAAGGGUAGAGUUAGGGUAGGGUUUCAGUUAAUGCUAAGGGUAGGGUUAGGGUCAGGGUUUCAGUUAAUGCCAAGGGUAGAGCUAGGGCCAGGGUUUCAGUAAAUGCUAACGGUAGGGUUAGGGCCAGGGUUUCAGUUAAUGCUAAGGGUAGGGUUAGGGCCAGGGUUUUAGUUAAUGCUAAGGAUAGGGUUAGGACCAGGGUUUCAGUUAAUGCUAAAGGUAGGGUUAGGGCUAGGGUUUCAGUUAAUGCCAAGGGUGGGGUUAGGGCCAGGGUUUCAGUUAAUGCUAAGGGUAGGGUUAGGAUCAGGGUUUCAGUUAAUGCUAAGGGUAGAGUUAGGGCCAGGGUUUCAAUUAAUGCUAAGGGUAGGGUUAGGGCCCGGGUUUCAAUUAAUGCCAGGGUUUCAGUUAAUGCUAAGGGUAGUGUUAGGGCCAGGGUUUCAGUUAAUGCCAAGGGUAGGGUUAGGGCCAGGGUUUCAGUUAAUGCUAAGGGUAGGGUUAGGGCCAGGGUUUCAGUUAAUGCUAAAGGUAGGGUUAGGGCCCGGGUUUCAAUUAAUGCUAAGGGUAGGGUUAGGGCCCGGGUUUCAAUUAAUGCCAGGGUUUCUGUUAAUGCUAAGGGUUGUGUUAGGGCCAGGGUUUCAGUUAAUGCCAAGGGUGGGGUUAGAGCCAGAGUUUUAGUUAAUGCUAAGGGUAGGGUUAGGGCUAGGGUUAAUGCCAAGGGUAAGGUUAGGUGGAAAGAAUAUUGGCUCUCAUACAAUGAUGGGUUUUGUAGAGAUAUGAUUAGAGGGUUCAGAAUAACUAAUUUGGGGGGGAUCUGCUUUACAUCUUUCUACAUUCUGAGGGUCUCCCUAAUUUUCAUUGUGAUGGGGUAUGGAACCCGCCUACUUAGACAGACCCAGGAAGAAAUAUUUAUAACCCUGUAUCUCUCUUCUUGCAGCAGAGCCAGUGACAGAGACCACCAACCCACCGCCAGGUAAGGUCUUAUCACUGGCAGGGCUGAGAGCCUGGAGCUUUAUUGCCGAUCCCCAAUAAUAAUGUAUUUUUUCUAUGGUUUGCUGCAGAGGACCCUGUCAGUUUGCAUGUUGGUCAGAGAUCCCAGACAGAAGGAAUCGCAGGAAGCGCAUCAUCCAACAGCGAAUCUUCCAACAGUGAAAAUAAUGAUAGCUUCAAUGUGGAGACCAUGCAAGCUGGUGAGAUGCAGGAUUUAAAAUAAACCAACAUUAACACAUAACAAUCAUGGCAGGAUCUGGAAAAUAAAACAUAUUAUACUGGGAUCCAUAAAAUAAGUCCCCUAUUACACAAUGGUCCAGAAAAUAAAACCCUCUUUUUUCUAUUUUCUUUAAACACUAUAUUGAGGUCCAGAGCAUAUUACAAUUUAUGAUACAUGGAUCCAGAAAGUAAGCCAAUUUAUUGCACAGGGAUCCAUAAGAUUAAAAACAUUUUUAUAAAUACAUUUAUUUUACCUGGAUCUGUGACAUGAAACUAUGUUGUAUAAAGCGGUUUUGUUUUGUUUUUUUGUAAAGAAAUCUAGAAAAUAAACAAAUUACUUUUAAAACUAUUCAUUAUACAGGGAUAGAGAAAAUAACUUUAUUAUAUAGAGACCCAGAAAGUAAAGCCCAUCAUUUCACCUAGAUCCAGAAAUAAAACCCUUUACUAUACGAUAACCCAGAAUAUAAACAGUAUUUCAAUACGGGAUUCUGGUCCGUAACGUGCACCAUUGUACAUGGAUCCCAUUAUUAUACAGGGAUCCAGAAAAGAAAAUGAUUUUAAAACAAAGAUCCAGAAAAUGAAACCAUCCUCUAAACCGAUAUACAAAAAAAAAAAAAGCCCAUCACUAGAACAGGAUCCAGAUCAUAAAUGAUUAUGUUCGGCAAAAAUGUUUUGUUUGCUCUGUGAAUUAUGGAGAAUUAAAACUCAAAUUGCAAAGCAUUUUGGGACAUAGCAGCAGAGGAGAAAUUCACCAAUUUAGCUGUUUUCUAGCCUAACUAAUGUGGUUUAAAUUAAGAAGUUCAGUUUAACUUCCACUUAAAUAGCUUCAUUUCUGGGUUUCAUGAAAAGUAUUUAGAAAAUUGGGCAGACUAGAUGGGCUGAAUAGCUCUUAUCUGCUGUCACAUUCUAUGUCUCUCUCUCUCUCUGUGUCUGGGUUCUCACGCUUCUGCAGUCUCUUCUCUGACAGUGUCUCGGUUCUUGGUUCUCACAGUCUCUUCUCUGACAGUGUCUCGGUUCUUGGUUUCACGGUCUCUUCUCUGACAGUGUCUCGGUUCUUGGUUUCACGGUCUCUUCUCUGACAGUGUCUCGGUUCUUGGUUUCACGGUCUCUUCUCUGACAGUGUCUCGGUUCUUGGUUUCACGGUCUCUUUCCUGACAGUGUCUCGGUUCUUGGUUUCACAGUCUCUUUCCUGACAGUGUCUCGGUUCUUGGUUUCACGGUCUCUUCUCUGACAGUGUCUCGGUUCUUAGUUUCACGGUGUCUUCUCUGACAGUGUCUCGGUUCUUAGUUUCACGGUGUCUUCUCUGACAGUGUCUCGGUUCUUGGCUUCAUGGUGUCUUCUCUGACAGUGUCUCGGUUCUUGGUUUCAGGGUGUCUUCUCUGACAGUGUCUCAGUUCUUAGUUUCAUGGUGUCUUCUCUGACAGUGUCUCAGUUCUUAGUUUCAUGGUGUCUUCUCUGACAGUGUCUCAGUUCUUUAUUUUAUGGUGUCUUGUCUGACAGUGUCUCAGUUCUUUAUUUUAUGGUGUCUUCUCUGUCAGUGUCUCGAUUCUUGGUUUCAUGGUGUCUUCUCUGACAGUGUCUCAGUUCUUGGUUUCAUGGUGUCUUCUCUGACAGUGUCUCGGUUCUUGGUUUCAUGGUGUCUUCUCUGACAGUGUCUCGGUUCUUGGUUUUAUGGUCUCUUCUAUCCAUGUUUAGCUAUAAAUCUGUUUGUUCCAAGGUUUAGCUCUGUCUUUUUGUCUCUUUAUUCCAGGAACAGGUCUUGAUCUUCCAGCAGGAUCUCUGGAGUCCAAAGAAAGUAAGAAAUCAGUAAAUUUGGAUUUGUAAUAUAUGAGAGGGAGAGCAUAGAAGUGCGUGUUUUGUGUGUUAUAUAAAAUGUUAGAUCAUUUCUAUCAUUCAUUUACAGAUGUGGAUCCAGAGUCAGAAGAAUCAUUUACACUCCCAGGUAAACAUUUUAACACUGUCUGUCUGUCUGUCUGUCUAUCUGACCGAUCUAUCUCGAAGGCAGAUAAAGCUGCAUUAUAAUAAUCACUCAGCAAGACAAUGAGAUUUUGCAUAAACCUGGAUUUUGUGAUAUCUUCAGUGAGAAAAGCAUGAGCAAUAUUUUCAGCCUGAGAGGGCAGGACCAAGGAAGGGCUUACAUUUUAAGAGCCAUACCCAGCCAUACAGCCAUACAGGGUGCAGAAGGCCAGCGCUUAGUAAGUUAGAGGCAGUCAGGCAGAUUAAUAUCAUUAAUUACAGAUUGAAAGUUUGUGGACGGAGGGCGGAUGGUUUUGUUUUAGAAAGGAAAGGAUAUGUUCUGGUAAGUGUAGGAUGUCCAAGAAGGUAGAGAGGCAUCAACAGCAAGAUCUAAGAGAGGACUCGCCAGCUAUGAUACGCAGAGUUACUUUGCACUGUACGGGAGGCUGCAGGACCCAAACAGGCUGCGGAGAGCUAAGAAUCACCCCCGUAUCAGGCCUGACAGGGGUCAAAGUGGGACCUAUUUAGAGAUCUGUGCCAUACCGCAACGGGCACUUAGUGGCAGCCUUCACUGAUAAAUUAGGAGGAAGUGGUUUCAGAUCCCAGGAUCCUUGUGAAGGAAACACUGCGUGGAGGAGAGCACACCACAACAGCUACUGCCAUCAUGUACCUGGCCAGCCCAGCCCCCAGGGAAGCCACCCUCCUCCUGAAAAGCAUAGUGACUAAUAGCAUUGUCAAUGAGUGUGUGUAGCAGUGUGAUUGUGUGUCUUGCAGAUUUUGUCAGCUACCCAUUACAAAGCUCACAUUCACACACAUGAUACCCACAGUAACGGAUUCAGAGGGGUGGACAAUGGGGCAAUAUCCUCCCCCCUGAGCAAAGGUAAGAAGGGAUGGGGGACAUAAAGAUUACUUUAAAAAAUCUUAGGUAAUUUAAAAAAAAUCUAUACAUUUAUUUAUUUUAGAUGAAUAUAUAUUUGCCUCCAUCUGCCUCUCCCACACACCAUACAGUCCUGAACAGGGCCGGACUGGGAGAAAAAUUCGGCCCGGGCAUUUUUUUUUAACACAGUGGCCCACUAAAAGGGGGCGGGGCAGAGGAGGUGUGUUUUGUCAUCACCAAUGACAAACACACCCCCUCUCAAAGUUAGCAUGUUGGUUCAAUGCUCUUCCAGGGCAGACCAUGCGCAAAGCUCUGCUGAAGAGCUCUAGCAUGAGAAAAAAGCCCUGUAUUUGUUCUGCACAGUGCAAGCAAAUUUAAUAACAUGCUUGCACUGUGUUUCCUUGCAACUUGUCUCUGGUGUCUCUAUAAAUGGAUACCAGGAGACAAAAGGGCCAGGAAAGAGUAUUGUGCAUGUGAGCCUGCUUGUGGGAUUGCGUGUGUGUAGAGUGAGCUGGUCGUGGUGUGGUAUUGUGUAGUAAGGUCGAUUUUAGUCAUGUUUGUGGUGUAAUGAAAUGCAUAUGUGGCUAUGGGCUGUAGAGAAUGUAUGUAUUGGGGAUAUAGCAAGUGUGUGCAUACAGGCUAUAGUGUGCGUGUGUAUAGGUGAUGUAGUGUGUGUUUGCUUACAAGGAAUCUAGUGUGUGUAUAGGGGAUCCAGAGUGUGUAUGUUAAGAGUGUAGUGUGUGUGUGUGUGUACAUAUAUAUAUAUAUUUGGAAGUAUUGUGUAUGUGUGUGGUGCAGUGUGUUGGGGGGGUUCUGUGUGUGUGUGAGGGGUGCAGUGUGUGUGAGAGUGCCGUGUGAGAGAGUGCUGUGUGUGAUGGGUGUGAGUGCUGUGUGUGAUGGGUGUGAGAGUGCUGUGUGUGAUGGCUGAAAGAGUGCUGUGUGUGAUGGGUGUGAGAGUGCUGUGUGUGAUGGGUGAGAGUGUGAGAGUGCUGUAUAAAUGUUAGAAUGGAUUGUGUGUGUGUGUGGGGGGGGUAAAUAAAAACAAAAAACAGGCAUUAAAUCCCCCCUCCCUUCUUACCUUUAGCCUGGGAGGGGGGGGGACCGGCAUGCUGGCACCUGGGACUGGGAGGUGGGGUGGCGGUGUUCCCUGGUGGUCCUCGUUGGUGAGUGAACUCUAGCCUGUGGGGCUAGAGUUCACUCUUGCGUGAUCCGGUCGUUACCAUGGCAACGCGCCGAUCUCGCGAGAGGAACCCGGCGGAGCUUCAAGUUAUGGUCCUUCUCUCCUGGCGGCUGUCUCCCUCCCUCUCUCCCCGCCGGCGACCGCAUUUGGGCCGGUGAGGGAGAGCUUUGAUCUCCCCACCGGCCCGUCGUGGCAAACAGCCGGGCCGGCGCUAGGAGAGUGCAUAGACCGGCAGGGGAGAUCCUGGGACCUCCCCUGCGGGCCUCAGCCCAUGGACAUCGCGGCCCACCGGACAUUUGCCCGGGGGGGAAGAUGGCCAGUCCGGGCCUGGUCCUGUACCAUUCCCAACAGUCACACACUGCUUCCCUCACAUGCACACUGCACAGCGCACACACUGCUUCCCUCACACACAAACUGCACAACACACGCUGCUUCUCUCACAGUCACACACUGUACCUGUCACACCCUCUGCACAACACACACUGCAUCCCUCACACGCCAACUGCACAACCACAGGCAUACACUGCACAACGCACACACUGCACCCCUUACACACCCACUGCACAACGCACAUUGCAACCGUCACAGAGACACACACACACAUCCUACUGCCUCAUCUUCUAUUACAGGCCCAGCAGAUCCCAGGUAAGUUGUCAAAUGGUUUGACUACUUACUCUGGGAGGGAACCAUGGCACUUCUGGUACCAUACCCACUACAGAGAGAUGUAGUUGUUAUUGUGCCUUUAAAUAAUCCUUUAAAUAAUCUACUAGCGCCACUCCCGAGAUCAGGUUCUGGAUCUGCCCAUGGCUACACAACACACAUACAUACAUAUAUAAUGCACACAAUACCACAAACUGCUCACACACAAUAUAACACCACACACACACUUGCAAAUACAAUACAAAGCAGCCACAAGAAGCAGAAUACACCAACGUACAUACAUUAAAAAAAAUAAACAAAAGCAAACACCAAAGGACUUCAAAGUCUUGUUUUGGCAAAGUGCUGCUCAAUGGUUGUCCAUCCCUAAGGAAAGUGAUGGUAAAAGGUCAGAUGAGGACAGAAGAUCUGCUGAUGGGUGAUACACGUCUGCCAAGAGAAGGCUAGAUGACCAUCCUUGUGUGACACUAACAGGAGGUAGAAGGGAAAGUGGUGACUUACAGGAGGUAUGGGAUAAGACAAUUAAGUGAAAGCCAUAGGAGAUCUUCAUUAAGACAGUGCAGUAGGGCAAAAACAAGUGGACAAAAAGAUCAUCAAAACGAAUGUAAUCUACCAUAGCACAGUUUGAUAUCAAACAUCAAUAUAUAACCAAACAUACAGGAUGGUCCUCUGUAGUAUUGGUAUUAUACAGGAGAGAAGAGGCCCCCCGGGUUAUAUAGAGUGUCCCAUGGUUAUAUAGAGGGCCCCAGGGUUAGAUAGAGGGCCCCUGGGUUACAUAGAGUGCCCCAUAGUUAUUUAGAGGGCCCCUGGGUUAUACAGAGUGCCCUAUGGUUAUAUAGAGUGCCCGGGAUUAUAUAGAGAGUCCCGAUGUUAUUUAGAGGGUCCCAGGAUUAUAUAGAGGGCCCCAGGGUUAUAUAGAGGGUCCCAGGGUUAUAUAGAGGGUCCCAAGGUCCACCAACCAGAGGGCACAAGAGGGUCCCAGGGUUAUUUAAAGGGUCCCAUGGGUGAUAUAGAGGGCCCCACGUUAUACAGAGGACAGGAAAAGUAUUAUUCAUUUCACUUCUUUCUUUUAGCUGGAAAAUGAAACACCUGCAAACGUUCCCAAACUGUGAAUAUCUCACCGUCUUGUGGUCUUUUUCCUGUAACACUGGUCGUUCCUGGGAGGUGGUGGAUGAAGACUGUGCUGGGCAAUAAAGGCACCGACAUGGGCAGUAAAUCAUAAUAAAAUAGCAAUACUACCAGGAAUCCAUAGAAGAAAUGCAGAAACAAUAGCUGUAUUCCUGAGACGACUUUAGCUGUAGAUACACACCUCCAUUCAAGUCUUCCUUUCUGUUAUUAGAACACCACGUCCUGUGAUGUACCCCAUUCCUGAAGCACCUUCCAGCCCCCAAUGAGUAGCUCUGCUGUGGGACAGGUGUGCCAGUUAUACUGCCGUUCAGUAAUGUGACCCCUGGAGCGUGUAACACAUGAUAUGAAGACUCUGCCACCCCCGUGAUUGUCAAGUGUAAUAAAGUCUUAUCAGCAUGUUCACUGUAUCCUCUGUAAUUAAUGUUAACAAUUUAUGAAUAUGGAGGCAGCUCGGAUUGACC